CUUGAACAAUACCACUCAGCUAAGUCUAAGAUGAGCAUCGGCGGAAGUAAAAACACGACGACGUCGACGACCGGAGCUGCUGUUUCAGCUACGUCUAGAAAGAACAACUCGAACAACCGUCUUUCAUCUUCCGUCAAGAUGAACCGAUCGCCGUACAACCUGACGACAGCCGACAUCGAGAAGCUCAUCAGCGGACGCAAGGAGGACGACCAGAAAUUGUUGCAACAAAAGGGAGGCGUGAACGGCAUUGCACAGCUCUUGAAAAUCGAUUUGAGUCGGGGACUGGAUUCGGACACGGUUUUGGGUAGAAGGGAAAUCUUUGGAAAAGAAGAGGAAGAAGAAGACACAAGAAUAAUUGCCACUACUUCCACCUCCUCGGCCACCGGAGGUCCCGCAGUUGCGACGAGCAGCAGCCACAUCAAGAAUUUUUCCGCAUCAGGACAACAAAAUCUUCAAGGUGGAAGUAAAUCUUCCCAAAAUGGCAGCUCCUCCUCGUCCGGCACUUCUACAGGAGAGCAAACUUCGACACGUCUGCAGCUCUUCUUACAGCUGUUUCUCGCCUCCGCGCAAGAUUUUAUCCUCUGGAUGCUGGGCGGCAGCUCCAUUGUCGCCAUCGUCCUGUGCGUCACGGUGGAGCAGUCCAUGUACAAUUGCUGGGUUGAGGGUUUUAGCGUGAUCAUCGGCGUUAUCCUCUUUGUUUGCAUAUCCGCCGUCUUGGACUUUGCGAAGUUCACGACCUUCGCGAAUUACUUGGAAUUACGCUGGAAACUACUGGUCGACAACUCAGAGUUCCUCGUCUUACGCGACGGAAAGGAACUGCAGGUCGUCGGGAGGGAGAUCGUGAUUGGCGACCUGGUGAAGGUGACGACGGGCGACAUUGUGCGGUUCGACGGCCUGUUGGUGCACAGCAGUCCGGAUUUCUGCCUGUUAGUGGACGACGAUAUUACUGCUAUUGUUCCCAGCGAUAACGUUGCGCUUCAACAGCAGGUGGAGCAGGCUGGUGUAGAAGCUACCGAUGUACAACUAGCAGCGGCGAAAAGCAACAAGAAUGGGAGUAGAACACCCGGAGCCGCUGUGAGGCAGCAACUGCUGUCCACUACCGACGUGGAUCUGGAAUUCACCGACCCAGCGGUCGCAUCGGACGAACAGCGAGACGAGACUAAUGAUCUUCCCGGGGCCGCAGUAGCGUCCGACGCAAUUUCUCCGCGAGACUCCUGGAUAAUUUCUGGCAGCAGCGUGCAGUCCGGACAGGGCGUUUACCUCGUGCUUGCCAUCGGGGAGAAAACGCAAUGGAACUUGGCAAAAGAGAAGAUGAUCGCCGCUGCGAACAAAAACCGAAGCGCGAAAAGCGCGGUUUCUUCCUCGGUGGCCGCGGCGAGGAGUUUGAUGCUGAGCAAAUCGCUCUCCCUCCCGUUCGGCAACUAUUACACUGGUGGAGCGAUGAACUCUGUUAGUCGGGAGGGCAGCACUGAUGUUGAGAAAAGUAACGCGAACGACCUUCCCGUGCAGGAAUUCUACAAAAGAACGUCUAUGGCGGGCAACGCAGAGCAGCAGAUCCUGACGAAAAGAUCAACUACUAACGACGGCGAGGACAGUGUGAUUGAUACGAGCUCGAUGCUAGUACUACCCGCAACUUUGAAACAGGAACAGGAGAGCUUGCACGGCUCGGAGUACAGCUACCAUAACCACCUACCGUACGGUGCACCUCCGGGUGGAAGCAGUAACGCAGCAGGCAGUAGCUCAGGCCGAGCAAUACACGCUCAACAGCAAGCCGCUUCUGCUAGUACAACUUCUUCAACUGCGAAUCGCCCGUUGACCGAGCAGGAGCUGAAGCAGUUGAGAAGACGGGAACGCGGGGGCGCGGAGAUGGCUGCGGGCGGGAUGCCGAGCUCUUUGACGGUGUCGGAAGUCGCCACGCCCGUUUCAGUGAAUUUCAUGGCGGCGGCCGGCGGGGCGAGUGGGGUUGCCGGACUGCGGAUGCAGAAUUUGCAGCACAAUUUGCGGAUGAGUACGAGUACCGGUCAACACGCGCAGCAGCAGGAACAGUACGGCGGGUCUAGCUCCUCCACGGCACUUCUACAGCCGCAGUCAAACGACGUACUAGCGCAGCCGGAAAGGAUAGGAGUACCGUCCUCUCACCAAGUGCUCGAAUCGAACAGCGGUUCUUUAGCUGCUCUUCGUGGCAGCGCCAGCGCGUCCUCCUCCUCCCACCACCGCACAUCUAAUCCGGCUCAACUUUUCUCGCAGCACCACCGACCGGAGACCAUUCAGGAGGAGAAUUUGGACGACAUCUCCAGCCAAGCGGCGACGACGACGGACAACAUGAGCCAGAACUACGUGCACCAGAUGUUGCAAGACGACGAGGUGUUCACCUCUACCAGCUUAAUCGUCCG